AUGAGGAUUUUCACUCUCUACGCAGGCCUUCUGGCUCUUGCUAGCCAUGUGUCGGGUCAUUGUAAGAACUCAUUACAUUCCAUGAGAAGAAUGAGACCUAACACACAUCCAGAUAUCUUCCAACAACUCAACACCAAUCCCACAUACCAGUACAUCAGGAAAAACACCAACAUGAACUCACCUGUUAUCGGUACCAUCCACCGGCCCUAAAACCCGCCUUACAAGAACUAAUUCCCAGCAGAUCUCGCAAGCAAAGAUCUUCGCUGCAACGUAGGCGCAACAGGCGCCGGCACAGACACCCUCCCCAUCACGGCUGGCUCACCACUCACCUUCACCCUCGACCAAGCAGUAUACCAUCAAGGCCCAGUUUCAGUAUACAUGGCCAAAGCACCAGGCAAAGCCUCCGACUUUGACGGCUCAGGGGACGUCUGGUUCAAAAUCCUAGAUAUCGGACCAAAGUUCCCUGGCGGGACUUGGGAUUUGAAACGUAAAUACCUGCUCCUACUCAUCGUUUUACUUGCGAUCUGAUGAUUGCUAACACCUUUGCAGAAAAGUACACCUUUAAUCUCCCAAAAUGUAUCACAAACGGCGACUACCUCGUCAGGAUCCAAUCCCUCGCUAUCCAUAACCCUGGUUCCACGCCACAGUUUUAUAUCUCUUGUGCGCAGGUUACCGUUAGUGGUGGUGGAUCAUCGGAUUUGGGACCCAAGGUUGCGAUUCCAGGGGCGUUCAAAGCGACGGAUCCGGGGUAUACUGCUAAUAUCUAUAAUGGGGUACGUUUCUCUUUAUCCGUGAUCAGAUGAUAUUUGGGAUGCGAGCUGAUUGUGAUAUAGUUUACAUCAUAUACUGUGCCAGGCCCUCCAGUAGCUUCUUGCUAG